CCAACUAGAAAAGGCCGACCCGACCCGCCGCUUCCUUCGCCCAUCAGCUCUCUCUCUUCCUUCUUCCUCCCCCUCUCUCGACCUCAUCGCCCACCACCCUCCCCCAUCCGGACACGCGAGCGCCCGGGUCGCCGGCGCCGGCCAUGGAUCCCUACAAGCACCGGCCGACGAGCGGGGCCAACUCCGGCUACUGGACCACCAACUCCGGCGCGCCCGUCUGGAACAACAACAACGCCCUCACCGUCGGCCAGCGAGGACCUAUCCUUCUUGAGGAUUACCAUCUGAUUGAAAAGCUUGCACAGUUUGACCGGGAGCGUAUCCCUGAACGUGUUGUUCAUGCACGGGGAGCCAGUGCUAAGGGGUUCUUUGAGGUGACUCAUGAUGUUUCUCAGCUCACUUGCGCUGAUUUCCUCCGGGCUCCUGGGGUUCAGACCCCGGUUAUUGUCCGGUUCUCUACCGUUGUGCAUGAGCGUGGAAGCCCUGAGACCUUGAGGGAUCCACGUGGUUUUGCAGUGAAGUUCUACACCAGAGAGGGUAACUUUGACCUUGUUGGGAACAAUAUGCCUGUGUUUUUCAUCCGAGAUGGGAUGAAGUUCCCUGACAUGGUCCAUGCUUUCAAGCCAAGUCCAAAGACCAACAUGCAGGAGAACUGGAGAAUAGUUGACUUCUUCUCGCACCACCCGGAGAGUCUGCACAUGUUCACCUUCCUCUUUGAUGAUGUUGGCAUUCCACUCAACUACAGGCACAUGGACGGUUUUGGUGUCAACACCUACACCUUAAUCAGCAGGGAUGGAAAGGCGCACCUUGUUAAGUUCCAUUGGAAGCCUACAUGUGGUGUGAAGUGCCUCUUAGAUGAUGAAGCCGUUACUGUAGGAGGCACCUGCCACACCCAUGCCACAAAGGACCUGACUGAUGCUAUUGCAGCUGGGAAUUACCCAGAAUGGAAGCUUUUCAUUCAGACCAUUGAUGCUGAUCAUGAGGAUAAAUUUGACUUUGACCCUCUUGAUGUCACCAAGACCUGGCCAGAGGAUAUCAUCCCACUGCAACCAGUUGGACGGAUGGUGCUCAACAAGAACAUUGAUAAUUUCUUUGCAGAAAAUGAACAACUUGCUUUCUGCCCAGCAGUCACUGUCCCUGGAAUCCACUACUCUGAUGAUAAGCUGCUCCAGACAAGGAUUUUCUCCUAUGCUGAUACCCAAAGGCACCGUCUCGGUCCAAACUACUUGAUGCUUCCUGUGAAUGCCCCGAAAUGUGCUCACCACAACAACCAUCAUGAUGGCUUAAUGAAUUUCAUGCACAGGGAUGAGGAGGUGAACUACUUCCCUUCAAGGUUUGAUCCUACUCGUCAUGCUGAACAGUACCCUAUCCCUCCUCGCGUUCUAUCUGGCUGCCGGGAGAAGUGCAUCAUCGAAAAGGAGAACAAUUUCAAGCAGGCUGGCGAGAGAUACCGUUCCUUCGACCCUGCCAGGCAAGACCGUUUCCUACAGCGCUGGGUUGAUGCGCUCACUGAUGCUCGUGUUACCCAUGAAAUCCAGGGCAUCUGGGUCUCAUACUGGUCACAGUGUGACGCAUCCCUCGGGCAGAAGCUGGCAUCGCGGCUCAAGAUUAAGCCGAGCAUGUAGAUGGAAAAGGAGGAGGGAACCAGUUGCUCACCCGCUUCGGUUGGCGUCCAUCGAGCCAAGGAGGGUGCAGCAUGAACUGAAUCUGUCUCUGUGUGGGUGUAGCCAUGAAUAAAAAUGUGUAAUGAAUAUUGUAUGUAAUACCCAUGAUGGUGGGUGUUGUGAUACAGUUCGUCUGUCGUAUUGUGUCUGUGCAAAAGAGAAAAUAAAAGACAAUGUGUUGGUUAA